AUGAAAGACUAUACAAUUGCUGUUUUGGGUUGUGGUGUUAUGGGUACUGCCGUCUCAUCUGCCAUUUUAAAAGCUAAGUUUGACCCAUAUCCAAAGAAAAUCAUUGCAUGUACUAUCCCAAGUCAAGAAGAAAACUUGAAGAAAACAUUUGCUGAUCAACCAUUGGUCGAAGUUUCUGCUGGUGUUGAAAAUAACAAUAAAGCAGUUGCUCAAGCUGAUGUCAUUAUUUUGGGUUGUAAACCAUACAUGUACGAAGGUAUCUAUGAAGAAGUUAAGGGUUCUUUAACUGGUAAACAAUUAUUGAUUUCUUUAUUGGCUGGUACUACUAUCAAAGAAUUGUCUAUUUUUACUCCAUAUGUUGCUAAAGUUAUGACUAAUACUCCAGCUAGAUUUGGUUGUGGUACUGCUGCUAUUGCAUUUGCUCCAGAAGUUAGUGAAGAAUAUCAAGAAUUGGUCAUGAAAUUAAUUGGCACUGUUGGUAUGACUGUUAAAAUUCCAGAAAAAAACAUGGACAUUGCUACUUCAUUGAUUGGAUCUGGUCCAGCUUUCUGUUUGUUGAUGAUGGAAUCUAUGAUUGAUGGUGCUGUUAGAAUGGGUAUGCCAUACGAUGUUGCCUCUGUUGCUGCUGCCAAAGUUAUGGAAGGUACUGCCAAGAUGGUUUUGGAAACUGGUGAACAUCCAGCUGCUUUAAAGAGUAAAGUCUGUACUCCAGGUGGUACUACUAUUGGUGGUUUAUUGACUAUGGAAGACCGUGGUUUAAGAAGUGCUAUUGCUAGAGGUGUUGAAGAAGCUGCUAAUAUUUCUGCAUCAUUCGCUAAAAAGUAG